AUGGGGUCAAACCAUUCAGUUAAGAUAUCAUCAGCUGUACUGAGAAAAUCAUAUCUUGGAUCUGUCAAAUCAGAUAAUGAAGAAGUUGAAUUGUACUACAAGUCUAAAGAUUGUAUUUUCACUUUGCCUAAAGGAUACAAAAUAGAUGAAACUAAAGGAGAAUAUGAAGUUAAGGUCAAGGAUAAAUUCAAAUAUGACUCCUUCUUAACUCUAGAUCACCAUUCAGACUUAGAAAAUAACUCGCUAAGUUUCAAAUAUUUGGGUAAGAAGAACAAUAGUAUUGAAAACCAAACAUUUCAGUUCACGACUCAGGAAGAAUAUCAGCAAGCAUUUUCUAUCUUGAAUGCUAUUAACACGACUCAGAGAGAAGGAAAGCCAAGACAUUUGGGGAUUAUCAUAAAUCCCAUUUCUGGGCAUAAAUAAGUCUAUGGGAUAUUUUGAAAAUGUGCUGAAACCGAUGCUAGACUGAUCAGGAAUAAGAUAUGAUGUUUACAAAACAACCGGCCCAACUUAUGUCCAACAGAUGAUGAGUGAACUUGACCUUGAGAAGACUCCUUACACAGAUUUUGUAGUCAUUGGAGGUGAUGGGACUCUUUUUCAGCUUAUAAAUUCUUGUGAGGAUCAUCCUCAGAAGCAGUUAAUAUGGAAAAAGCCUUUCGGAUUGUUUCCAGGAGGCUCAGCCAACACUGUGAGCUGAAAUCUGGGCUGAACAAAUGAAUAUCUUUCCACAAGUAGGGUGCUUAAAGGAGAUACUAUUCAAGCAGAUAUGAUAGAAGUCACUCUUGAUAAUGAUAAGAAGAUUUAUGGAGUCUGAGGAUUUAUGUAUGGUCAUAUUGAGACGUCAGUUCAAGACUCUGGAAGAGAAGAAUAUGGUAGAUACAGAUAUUUUGUCAAAGGACUUAAAGACUUAUUUUCAAGUUUUAGCACUCCAACAUAUCCUAUAUCUCUUUCAUAUAAGAUCCAUAAAGACGCAGAGAAAAAUGAAGAAAAUAAAGAUGAUGGUUGGAUAACCCAUCCUAAAAAUGAGAUCUUUUCAAUGAUCGCAAUGCAACAUGAAGGAAGAUGUACUCAAAUCAGUUCCCCAGUACUUCCAUUUAUCCGCUACAAUGAAGAAAAGAUGAUACUCUUUAUUUUUGAUCCAACUAACAAGUUUAGAUGUCUAGAGUUCCUUUUCAAAUGGAUUUUAGGCUACGGAAAGCAACUCUAUAUUCCAGGCCUUAUUUUAAAGCCAGUGGAUCAGAUUAAAUUACAAUUUGAAACUCCAUCUAAAAUUGCUCUUGACGGGGAAAAGUAUGUAACCAAAAGUUGAGAUCUCAAAUUGCAUCAACAGAAGAUCAACCUCAUGGGUAAAACAUAUCCUUACACGGACCAAGACGAGAAGCUAAAAUUUGAUUUAGGGAUAUAG